AUGUCGAUACCAACAAACAAUUUGAAAAUCCUGAUAUGCUGUCGAUGUCUCAUUUAUCAUUCUCUCGACCCGCAUAAAGUAAUUAUCUUCGAGGAUCUUUGCGAAUUAGGAUACAAUACAAUUCGUGAUCGUUUCCUCACCGAUGAAGAAAUUAAAGCGGUUUAUCGUAAAAUCGCCCGCCUCCAUGCUGUCUCCUUUAUGCUGGGACACAGUGAUGAAUCCGAAAUGGUUACAAAAUAUCAAGAGGGGUUUUUAAGUACCAGCUUACCGAUGGUAAAUCAAAUGAUUUCAGAUGGUAUUAAUAAUUUAAUUGAAAUGCUUUCAAAGCAUGAAGAAUUUGCGUUAUAUUAUGAGAAAAUCUCUGCCAUGAAAAGUGACUUAGACCGCAAGUGUAAAGAACUGUAUCGUUCGUAUACGCUCAAUAAGGGUGUGGGCGAUAUUUUCGUUAUAAUACAUGGCGAUUUUCAUUUGAAAAAUAUGAUGUUUAAAUUCAAUAAAAAGAAUCAAAUGGCAGAUUUGAUUAUGGUGGAUUUCCAAGGUAGCUGUUAUGCCCCGGCGAAUAUUGAUUUGUUGUAUUCCCAAAUAAUGAUGAUGAGUUCGGAAAUGCGUAUGGAACGCAAUGAAUAUAUGCUGUAUUAUUUCGAAGAAUUUCUAAGGAUAUUAAAGAAAAUACAAUUCAAAGGCGAAUUGCCAUUGUAUUCGGAUUUCCAAAUUGCCAAUUUGAAAUAUCGCCAUUUUGUUCUAUUUUUGAUUGCUUCAUUCCUACCAAUGGUGCAGGUUAUUGCAGGGAUCCCAGCCGAAGAACAACAUACUAUUGAUUUGGCAAAAUUGUUGGAAGAUCCAGCAGCCAAAGUCCAAUUAUAUGAUCUUCCGGUUGUUGUUGAAGAAUAUCGCAAAUUGUUGCCGAUUUUAUUGAGGGAAGGUUAUCUGGAUUAG